ACUUGUAGCUUACCGUGUAAGCUACUGUUGAAAUUCCAAUGCUAACAAACUUUAGCCAUUGCGCUAAUAUGUAAGUUAGCAAUUUGUUAGAGCCGCAGAUGCUGCGUGAUGAUGGAAUAAAUGCGUGAAUGGUGUUUAUCUCCCAAACGGGCAAGUUGGAAAAUUAGCCUCGAUGUUUGCUGCUGCGUGUGUCUCAGCUACUGCGCCCAGGACAUGUCCAUUUAGCCGAACAGCAGCAGCAGUCGUUGGAUAAACCAACGGGGGCAAGCUAGCCCAGAGCGCCUGUUUGGACCUGUUCUGUGUUCGGGGGGAUCUGAACAGCAGGUUUCAUCGAGCAGAGUGGACAGUACAAGCCGGAUGCUGUGACUACCAUGAGUCCUGCGGGGUGCCCUCAUGUGAACGGCUUCAAAGUGGACAACUGGAAGCAGAACCUGAGGCUUAUUUAUCAAUGUUUUGUUUGGAGCGGUUCGGCUGAGACCAGAAAACGCAAGGCCAAGUCAUGCAUCUGCCACAUGUGCGGCACCCACCUCAACAGACUCCACUCCUGCCUCUACUGCGUCUUCUUCGCCUGCUUUGCCAAAAAACACAUCCAUGAACACGCAAAGAGCAAAAGGCAUAACCUAGCUAUCGACCUGCUGUACGGGGGGAUCUACUGCUUCAUGUGCCAGGACUACAUUUAUGACAAAGAGAUGGAACAGAUUGCCAAAGAGGAACAAAGGAAAGCCUGGAAGAUGCAAGGUACAGCAACUCAGAACACGACACACGACAAGCCUCCCUCUGAGCUGAACCCAAAUGGCAUCGGGGAGAAGUACUCCACAUGGGAGCCCACCAAGAAGGAGCUGGAGCUGCUUCGCCACAACCCCAAGAGGAGGAGAAUCACCUCCAACUGUACAAUCGGUCUGCGUGGUCUUAUAAACCUGGGCAACACCUGUUUUAUGAACUGCAUCGUCCAGGCGCUGACGCACACUCCACUGCUGCGCGACUUCUUCCUGUCUGACCGUCACAAGUGUGAGAUGCAGAGCAACUCUUGUCUGGUGUGUGAGAUGUCCCAACUCUUCCAGGAGUUCUACUCAGGCCACCGCUCGCCUCACGUUCCUUUCCGACUCUUGCACCUGGUGUGGACCCACGCCCGUCACCUGGCUGGCUAUGAGCAGCAGGACGCCCACGAGUUCCUCAUCGCUGCUCUGGACGUUCUGCACCGGCACUGCAAAGAUGACAACGGGAAGAAAGCCAACAACCCAAACCACUGUAACUGCAUCAUUGACCAAAUCUUCACAGGGGGCCUGCAGUCUGACGUCACCUGCCAAGUCUGCCAUGGCGUUUCAACAACCAUAGACCCGUUCUGGGACAUCAGCCUGGACCUGCCGGGUUCUUCCACACCGUUCUGGCCCCUCAGCCCGGGUGGAGAAGUGUCGGUUCUUAACGGAGAGAGUCACUCCACUGGAGCCACCACGCUCAUGGACUGUCUGCGCAGGUUCACCAGACCAGAACACCUCGGCAGCAGCGCCAAGAUCAAGUGCAGUGGUUGCCAUAGUUACCAGGAGUCCACCAAGCAGCUGACCAUGAAGAAGCUGCCCAUCGUGGCCUGCUUUCACCUCAAGAGGUUUGAACAUUCAGCCAAACUUCGGCGGAAGAUCACCACCUACGUGUCCUUCCCUCUGGAGCUGGACAUGACCCCCUUCAUGGCAUCCAGUAAGGAGAGCAGGAUGAAUGGACAGUACCAGCAGACCGUGGACCCGUUCAACAAUGACAACAAGUACAGUUUGUUUGCUGUGGUGAACCACCAGGGGACGCUAGAGAGCGGCCAUUACACCACCUUCAUCCGGCAGCACAAGGACCAGUGGUUCAAGUGCGAUGACGCCAUCAUCACCAAGGCUAGCAUCAAGGACGUGCUGGACAGCGAAGGGUACCUCCUGUUUUACCACAAGCAGUUCCUGGAAUACGAAUAGCUGCAUGGAAGGGAGAGAGACGGAGUGCUGAACCAGUCCCAGCGUCUGCUGCGCAGGGCAAAGACAGAAGAGACUGGUGUCUCCACUAAGGUCCUCACUUGAAUUCAGGGCAUGAAGAGGAAAGAAGCUGUGAAAGUUUGCACUCGUUCCAGAUGAUUUUGUUAUCAGGCACAGGUCGGACGCGUGACUUGAUCCCAAAUGCUGUUUGCUUUUUUCUACCCCCUCCUCGCUUCGUGCACAGCUGCAUUCAUCCACAGCAGAGGUGCGACGAGCCACCCAACCUGCACGGAUUCUAACCGCCAACUUCCUAAACAAGACGUUUAGUCGGAAACACUCCACCAGACCAAAUACGGAAGUUGUCUUUAAUCAUGCCUUUGAGUUGUUGUGAGGACAGACGUUUGUUUCUGCGGAUUAUUGUGAGCUUGUUGUUUGGAGUCGGUACUGUUAGCAAAAGGACACGCGUCUCACACCAGGACACGAAGGACGCUUUCUUUUAUUUAACUAUUUCAUUUCUGCCUCCGCCAGCUUCCGACGCCUGAACGAGCGGACAAAGAUUUAACUCAGUGAAUAUAUUUUUAUACAUCUUGCAUCGAAAUGGUUUGUUUACAGUUUAUUUUGUGUUCUGAUACUCUCACAUCGUGUUGAAAUCGUGCCGUCGGUCGUGUUUUUGUCAACGAAAAGGUAAAAAUUACUGAUCAUUUUGUGAAAUUGCUGCUAUGGCUGUUGUUUGUUUGUUUUUACAUUAUGAAGCUUUCUUUUCAAAGACACUUUUUCCACCUUUAAAAGUCAUGAAGCUGUUUCAGGUAAACAGGUUAAAAAAUGAGGAAAAACGACUCAGAAGCUGCAGUGUUGCUCUGAUUGGGUGUGUGUGUGUGUGUCGAAGACGGGAAGACAAAAGGUGACAGUAGGUGUAUAAAAUGUUGUUAUAAGGUGUGUGUGAGUGUGUGGUUGUAUGCACGUGUGUCGUGCGUAUGCAGUGUGUUUGUGUACUGAAUCAGUACUUGCAUCAGCAUGCCGUCUGAGCUGGGAAUCACAGUAUGAUAUGUUUGUUUUCCACGUGUUGAUGACGUUUGUGUACAGUUUGUAUGUAUGAGACAAACUACACCUGCGGAGUCCAGCUGCGGGACCGCAACGAUGACCUCAGCUGGUCGACCAUUCCUCGCACACACUCUGCUGUUACCACUGCAAGAACUGGACACUGAUGGAAGUACACUCAAAUAAAAGAAAAUCUGUGAAAAAAA